GCCUUUGACUGGUCGGGAAAUGCCUCCAAAGAAACAUCACAAACCUAACAAUGAACGGAAAAGACAUUGGAACAGGAAAGGGAGAAGAAAAUAUUCUUAUUAUGAUAAUGGCCCAAGCAAUCAAGAAUCUGAGGCCACCAUAAAUGGAGCUUCAGCGAGUAACAGCCAAGAUACAGAUGAAUAUGAAAUCCCAGGGUUCUACUAUGACAAGGAAAAGAAACGCUACUUCAAGAUUCUGCCAGGACAUAAUCAGAACAAGAGUGCAAUCACUAAAGAAACAAUUAAAGCAAAGGAAAAUGAAUUAAAAAGACAAAAUGACUUGAAAACUUCAACAACUGCUGCUGUAUCUGGCAUUAAUAAUCAGCAUGGUCUAUGUAAAAAUAGAAAGUUAAAUGUGUUGAGUUGUUUAGCCUGCAGAAGAAUGAAUGCACAUGCAAAACCCUUGGAUUAUGAAAGGGAUAUUUUAAAACUAAAAAUCAAGAAACUGCAUUCUGUAUGUAAGACAAAAACUGUUCAGUGUGACUUUGGCCCAGAUAGAUAUGAGCAUAUACAUUUAAUGGCUCCAAAUGCGAUAUAUGAUAAACUGUUAUGUUUGUGGUCUUAUAAAGGUAGCCUUGUGCAGAAACUACAAGUUUGUAGAGUUAAAAAUAAAUCUGUGACAUCAUUGCAUCAACCAAAGCAAAGUGUACAAGACUUUGAUGUCCAAAUAUCUCAAUCAAUGCAUAAAAUCACUCAUGCAUGUUGGGCUACGAUGAAUUCCUCAGGAAGUACUGACUAUGAAUAUGUUCUCUACACAGCAAUGCAACGCCAUCUAUCUCUGGAUAAUAGAGGUAGAAAUGAUAACUCGGUGGCAAUAUUACAAGGUAUAUCAACAAGAGAGGAUGGAAGUCUAACAUUAACAUUAGAUCACCUUGACGACCAGCUUCAGACAUCAUUUAAUUUAAGCAAAAAUGUUCCAUGGACAUGUUGUUGGAACCAACAAAAGAAAAUGAUUGGGAUUGGGUCAGAGAAAUGUGCUUUAUUAUUAGAUGUACCAACUAGGAGAAUGUGGGAGCUUGAUUCCGGGAAUAGUGAUGUGUUAUCGCAAUCCUUUGCUGAUCAGAUGCCCCAUAUAUUGUAUAAUGGCACACGUAGAGGUCAGAUUAUAUCAAACGACAUAAGAAACAAAACAAGGUCCUAUACACUUCCACAAAAAUCAAGUGUUUGCUCAAUUAAACUGCCAAAUGACAACAAUUACAUCAUUUCCAGUGACUUCAGUGGAAAGAUUUGUCGCUGGGAUGUCAGAAUGAGAAAACCUGUGCUGGAAUAUCCAGGUCAUCAGAAUGAGUAUCGUGUACUACCUCUCCAUAUACAUGAGGAACAUGAGCUCCUCUAUACAGCUGGUCAAGACUGCUACACAAGGUUUUGGCACCUCCAUACAGGAGAGCUCCUUUGUGAGAUCCCACCCCCAAAGCCAGCUUCAACAGAUUCUGUGCCCUCUGUUGGCUAUAGCAACAAAUGGGGUGGAGUAUCAGGUUCAAUAGGACUUAUAAUGGGCAUGAAGGACACUAUUAACUAUUAUAAUUUUUAGCAACUAAUUCAUUUCAGACCCUUUGUAUUUUUCAGUUUCAACCAAACUGGUCUCUGAAAUAGAAUUCCCUCCACGGCCCUUCUAAUAUCCCAGAUGCGAGUAGAAAUAAUCUUGAUUUACGUCAUUAAAAAUUUCUUCUAGGUCGGGGAGAUUCCCCAUAGACCCAAUGUUGUAAAACCAC